AGACGUGAUCAUUCCUCGACCACGCUGGCAGGGAGGGAGAGGGAAAAGUUUGUGGGACUUGGAAAGUUCGUGAGUGGAGCCGAGUGGGGAGAUGGAUGCGCUCAAGUCUGCGGGGAGGGCGAUCAUUAGGAGUCCGAGCAUUGCCAAGCAGAGCUGGGGAGGAGGAGGCAAGCACAAGAAACUACCAGAAAACUGGACUGAUACCAGGGAAACUCUCUUAGAAGGAAUGUUAUUCCAUUUGAAAUAUUUGGGCAUGACAUUGGUGGAACAACCAAAAGGGGAAGAGCUGUCCGCAACUGCAGUGAAAAGAAUUGUGGCAACUGCAAAAGCAAGUGGGAAGAAACUGCAGAAAGUUCUUCUGAAAGUAUCACCACGGGGCAUCAUUCUACAUGACCGCGCAACCAACCAACUAAUUGAGAAUGUUUCAAUCUACAGGAUAUCCUAUUGCACAGCUGAUAAAAUGCAUGACAAAGUUUUUGCCUACAUUGCUCAGAGCCAGCAGAAUGAAACCUUAGAAUGCCAUGCAUUUCUUUGCACAAAGAGGAAAAUGGCACAAGCAGUCACAUUAACAGUUGCUCAGGCUUUCAAGGUAGCGUUUGAGUUUUGGCAAGUAUCCCGAGAGAAUAAGGAAAAGAGAGAGUCUGGUUCAGAUGGAGAAGGGGCAAGUAGUUCUCAGUCUGAUGGCUCCUCGAGUAUCACCAGCCUUAAAGCAUCAGCAUCUGCAAACCUUUUGGAUUUGGAAGACUGUACCAAAGCUUUUGAUGUGUUAAAUGCCAGUGACAAUCAUAUUGAAGAUGUAUUAAGGCAAAAUGCAUCCAAUGAAAACAACAAUAUAGUGUGGGAACUGGAUGAUGGACUGGACGAGGCCUUUGCAAGACUUGCAGAAUCCAGAACAAACCCUCAAGUCCUGGAUAUUGGAUUGACUUCAAAUGACCUUCAGUCUGAAGAAUGCUUGUCUCCUACCAGCUGGGAUAACCUGGAGUUGAACCCUGCAGAAGCAGAUGAACCAUUUAUGUUCUGACCUUUCUGAAGCUACCUGCCAAUUAUCAGUGCAAUAGUCCUACCAUCAGGCUCCUGUCAGUGUUUCAAGAACAUACAUUUGUAGUUGCUGAGAAUCCAUACGCCUUGAGGUGGGAUUGGAAACCCAAAGCUUUACCUUAGACACUUUAUUUCCAAGUCCAUCGCAAACUAAAGGGGGGGGAAAAAACAUUUCAGAAAGAAAACAUAAAAAAACAGCAGUUUUAUAUUUUAGGGGCGUGCAGUCCUCAAGAAUUGUUGGGAACAUGGAUUUUGUUUGUGGAAGUUUUUCUACUUUUUAUGUACAAAAUACUGGACAAAUCCUUCGUGUUCUUUCUAAAGGCCCCUUUUCCAGAUCUCUCAUUCAAUGAGCUACAUAUUUCAGUCCCAUAAGAUAUACUUGGCUGCGGCAUAGUGUUUUGUGUUUGUAUUCUGCUUUAAAACUCGCAAGUUUAUUCACAUUGGUGUUCCCAUUUUAUAAAGCACCACAUGGUAUCGGUCCUGUAGAACGUUCUAGCGCCAUAUCUGCAGUAUUUGCACAUCUGCUGUUGUGUAGGGAUGCCCAUUGGCUAUAGAACGUCUGAUUUUUCAUCUUUCCUUCGUCUAAUUGGUUGCUUUGUGGCCCUUAUUUACUGGAUGUCACUCUGCUAAUUAGAGCACUUAAUUUAUCCCCCACAUCACUCACAAAAAUGUUUAUAAAGUCAUAACACUAGCCUAUCUACCAUAUCCAUAUGUCCAUUCCUCCGUAGUCCAAAGUAUUGCCAGUUUAUGAGAUUCCCAGCUACAUACCAUUCAGAUGAGACUAAGCCAUGUUGUGUAUCAAAGGUCUGCACAGUAUUACGUAAAAUAUGCAUUUUUGUCUGCACCAGAGUUGACAAUCAUUUUGUAAUUGACAAUAUGUACCUUGAGUUGCCAUCUGGCCGGUAUUUUACCGGCCUGGCCGGUAAAAAUUAUGGUUGAUCAGAAUUUUAUUAAUAGGGGAAAAAAGAUAAAAGAUAGGAAGGCCAAUAUUUUUUUCCGGAAAAGGUGGCAACCCUGUAUGUACCAGUGUAGAAAGGUCACGUGCACAAAGCCUAAGGGAGACGGCACUCCCAAUAAUCCGAAAAAUCAAGGGGACCUGACAAAGGGGGAACACCCUCCGAAACGUUGUGUGACGCAAUAAACACACCAGCGGUAGGACCACGGUUUAACUC